AAAAGCCGCUCUCGAUCUCCUUCUUCUUACAAAACAUAAUCAGAUCUCUCUUGCUCUCUCACUCUCAAUCUCCUUCAUUAUCUGAAAACAAUGAAGUCUCCAGCGAUAUUAAGCGAGAACAGGUUCUUAGGCAGCAUUACAAGUUCUUCCAUCAGAAAUUUGCUUCCAAAAUCCAUCUCCGCGAAGCAGAAACCAAUAAUUCAAAACCCAGAAACUAAAUUUCCCAGAUCCAACGACGAGAACGCGAUUCCUGUAGAUCCAAACAAACAGGCUAACGAUCAUCACACUGCUCUUCACUUCACGAAGCAAUCUGACAUCAAAGAUGGUGAAACCCUAGCAAAUUUCGGAGAGCUUAUUGAGAGAGACCCUUUGGGAAAUUUUAAACAGGUCAAUAAAAUGGGACCAAGCACUUUUGUUGAAGACAAGCCAAGUCUUCUGAAUUCACCAUUGAAGGUUGAAUCCAGGAGUGUACUUGCCAGAAGAACCAAUUCAGUGCCUAGUGAAAUUACAGAGGAAGAGGACGAUCCAUUGGGAGACCAGAUUCGAGAGCUAAAGGAAGAACUCAUAAGAACAAAGUCUGAUGGGUACCAACCUGAUGGAGGUAAGAGCGGACACUUUGCACGGGACAGUUUAAGUCAAUUGAGAGUCAGCAUCAACAAAUCAUUACUCAUGUCGUGUCCAAAAAGAGAUGAAUCUGAGGGGAAAGAAAUGAAUAUGAAUCGUGGUGAAGAUGUGCUGGAAUUGAAUAAACAUAUCGAGAAGUUGCAAGGUUCUUAUGAUUCUGUCCACUCCUCAUUUGCAAGUGCUUCAUGCUAUGAAGCAGAUUCGAUGAGUGAAGAUGAUGAUGAUGUCUGCUCAGAAGACUUAGACAAACCCAAGCAUGGAAACCAUAAAGAUGCAGACUUUGUAGAUGAUGAUCCAAGCCAGCUCAACAAUGUUGGAUUCGAUACAGCGGGUAGUGGCAUUUCAAUCAGAUCACAGCUUCCUACAUGUAUUCUAGAAGAGCCAAUUUUCUCAGAAUCUCCAAAGUUCAAGAAUGUUCAGAAGAGUGUAGCUGCAUCGACAAAGUUUUCAGCAAGUCCUAGGAAUGUGUCUGAGAGCUCCAACAUUGGAGGCAUGAAAGUCAAUCAAAUUAGCCCUUCUAUGUCAAAGAAGCUUUCAGGUCCUACAGAUUCUCUAGCUGCUAGUCUUCAGAGAGGACUGCAAAUUAUAGACUAUCAUCAAGGGAGCUCACUAUCAAAAAGUUCUUCUGUUUCCUUCUCUUUUGGCCAUAUGGCAUUGAAACCCUGCGCAGAAGCUGACAAUCUUAAUGCUUCAGUCCAAUCUUUUAGAAAAGAUAAAGCUCCAGAAGAUGGAUUAUCGUCGAUUCUCCUAUGUCUUUCAUGUAGAAAGAAAGUUGACCAAGAAGCUGAAGUAACAGAAGAAGCGGGUUCAAACGAAAAACAUCUCAAGAACAUGUGUAUGGAGCAAGCAGCUAAAAUUGAGGAGCUAACUCGCCUGCUUAGGAAAUCAGGUGAUGGAACAGAGUUCAUAAAAGAAACAUAUGAGACGAAACAAAUUAGUGAAGAGUUUGGAAAAAUCAAUUUUGAGGUAAGUGAAAAGGAAGCUCUUCUCAAGGAGAUUGCAGACCUAAAGAGCAAGCUGCAGCCUACUAAGUCUACAGACAAUCUGAGAUCCUCUUUGCUACUACGAUCCAUUCAAAUGCGCAAAAGCAUUGAUGUUUCCAAGAAUGGUGAGAACAGUGAUGUUCUAGCGAAAGAAAGGGAGAUGUGGACAGAAAUGGAGAGUGAGUGGAUAUCCUUAACAGAUGAUCUCAGAAUGGAUAUCGAUAGCCAUCGCGGUCGAGCUGAGAAUCUAGAGAUUGAGCUCAAGCAAGAGAAGCUAGCCACUGAAGAGUUGAAUGACGCGCUCACUAGAGCUGUGCUUGGCCACAGUAGAUUCAUUGAGCAGUACACGGAGCUGCAGGAGAAGUACAAUGAACUCGGGGAGAAACACAGUGUGAUGAUGGCUGGAAUAACAGAUGUAAAGAAGGCAGCCUCCAAGGCCGCUAUGAACGGUCGCCAUGGAAAGCGUUUUGCCAAAGCCUUUUCAGAUGAGCUUUCUGCCAUCAGAGCUGAGAAGGAGAAAGAAAGAGAGCUCUUGAAGAAGGAGAACAAGAACCUAAGAACUCAGCUGCGAGAUACAGCUGAAGCUGUCCAAGCUGCUGGUGAACUACUUGUCAGACUUAGAGAAUCUGAACAAGCCUUACAAAUCUCUGAGGAACGAUUCAGCGUGGUGGAAGAAGAGAAAGAGAGGCUGAAGAAACAAAUGGAGCAGCAAAAGAACAAACACAAGGCAGAAAUUGGGACAAUGAAGCAAUACUUAGCAGAGAAUAAAUUACCAGGAUCAGCAUUGUUGCAGCCAUGGUACAAAGAUGAGGAAGAUGAAAUAGAACAAGUAUCAGAACAUCAUAUCGGAGCUGUGAGUUUUGAUGACUACGAGGAUGAUCAGGCUUGGAGAGCAGAGCUUCAACUUUUAGCUAUGGCGGCCAAUGAUUCUUCAAAAGCUAUUGACAUCGACGGGAACCUCGAAUCCGAUUCGAACCUUAACACUGACGGUGACGAAGCACCCGAUAAUGAUUCCUCAAAAGCAUUGGCUACUAUCCCUGCUCCAGCCGUUUGUCUUUUCCGGUUUGCCGGAGAUGCUGCUGGUGGCGCCGUAAUGGGCUCUAUAUUCGGAUAUGGUUCAGGAUUGUUCAAGAAGAAAGGCUUUAAAGGAUCAUUUGCAGAUGCAGGGCAGUCUGCUAAGACUUUUGCUGUUUUAUCUGGAGUCCACAGUUUGGUUGUUUGCCUUCUGAAGCAAAUCCGAGGCAAAGAUGACGCCAUUAAUGUUGGAGUUGCUGGGUGCUGCACUGGUCUUGCUCUUAGUUUCCCUGGUGCUCCACAGGCUCUUCUACAAAGCUGUCUUACGUUUGGGGCUUUCUCUUUUAUACUUGAGGGUCUCAACAAAAGACAAACAGCUUUGGCACACUCGGUCUCGUUGAGACACCAAACCGGACUGUUCCAAGAUCAUCAUCGUCCUUUACCACUCUCUCUUGCUCUCCCGAUCCCUGAAGAGAUCAAAGGAGCCUUCUCUUCUUUCUGCAAGUCCUUAGCUAAACCCAGGAAGUUCUAAUUUCAGUCUGAUUCUCCCUUUCUUGUGUCUUAGGUUCUCUCUCUCUAGAUGUAAAAUUUUCCCGCUUUUGCUGUACUUUGUGAGGAAUGUUUUAUGAAAGGCUUUUUGCAAGAAGCCAAUUUGACGACAAAAAGACUUGUGUACUACUUUUAGAAAUCAGUUACAUAUUUUGUACCUGUUCUGUAUGUCACGGUCUUAAUUUCGCUA